CUGUAUAUAUGUGAGAGAGGUCUUGUGCUCCUGCCAGAGUUGUUAGCAUCUGCCAAGGCGGGAACAUGGAACAGGCCAGUCUUCUUUGUGGGGGGGUUUCCCUUCUUCACACUAUGGUUGAUGGGAAACACCACUAUGAAGUAAAGAAUGUUUUGACCCAUAUACGAAGUACUUUUGCCAGGAAGGGAGACAAAAUCUUGAAGAUAAAUGAUGUGGAAACUAAGGAUUUGCCCCCAGAGGAGUUUACCAGCAUGCUAAGUUCAGGAUUUUUCUCCCUGACUAUACACCAAGCAAGCAUCAAAAACGACAUAGGCGAAUGUAUGGAGUCUGACGCCAUGCGACCUUACCGCAAGGAGAAGAUCACCUUGCACUUCAGUAUGGCUAUGGUUAGAGAGGAGUGUCUGGAGGGAGAAGAAAAUGGAAUGGAUCCAGCCAUGAGUGACUGGGAGAGCGACUACACUGAAGAUGACCAGGAACUGCUCCUUGUGUCCAUGAAAGAAACCAGCAUAGCGGUUAUGAGUGGACGAGGCUGUGAUCCUGAAAACCCCUGCAACAAUUGUGGCUCUGAUGGGUGCAACCUCAAUGAAAUUGUUGUGGCAGCUGACACGUGCAAAGUUACAUCAGUUGGUAGGGAAUACAUCAAGAAGUUUGGCGAACAAAAACAGUGGAUCAGCCUUGUAAAAUCCAACCCCGAUCAAACUUCCUUGUCAGCGGAAAUCACCAUCUACUACUACAUGUCAAAUAUACUACCAGAUCUUGGUAGAGGUGCCCCUGUUGUACUGAACUUCACUGACUCCGAUAACUUCCUGAAAUGCUCAUUUGAGAAUGGUGAAGUAGUUUUGAAAAUUGAGUGCUGUGGUGAAAAAUCACAACUGAGGAAAAUCUGUAAGGAUGACAAGGAAACAUGGCCUUUUGUCUUCUACAUGACGACUGCGAAGGACAACACGCAACACUUCGAGUCAGCUGCACACAAAGGUUGGUUUAUACAGACUAGACCAGCCAAAAUCUCCGUGGACAUGGAAAAUAGACCAGAACAAACCAAGAAAAGCCUUCACUUCCUUAUCUACUUCAAUUCCAAAUCACAGUGAGGACAUCUUUUUUUUCUCAAGAGAGGCCAUAGUAAUUCACCAUUCCAAUACACAUGGGGUUCAGAGUUGAACUGAAUUAAUUCUGUAAAUGUGAACUGACUGAAAUUAUCACAGUUGUUAGUAUAAAUCAGCAGCAGCAAAAAGGUUGAAGUUGCCCUUUGACACUGACUUGUCAAAUACUUAUUCUUCACAGAGUAAUAUUAACCUUGUUAAUAGUAAUGGUCCUCACAUCAUUCAUUAUGAGAUACAGUGUCACUUUUGGUGUAAAUAUUCUUUUAAAGCUUCACUAUGCUACAUACAUACAUACAUCAUCUAAACCGCUUAUCCUUCUGGGUCGCGGUGGGGUGCUGGAGCCUAUCCCAGCUGUCACUGGGCGAAAGGCAGGAUACACCCUGGACAGGUCGCCAGUCCAUCGCAGGGCAUUCACUAUGCGACAGUAGCUCAAAAUAUUCAUUUAAAAUUCAGAAGUGUCAGGUCAGAUGUUGCAGGAGGGUUUUGUGACGAUGUCACAUGUCACUACGUCACAUGCACAUGCUCAGAAAGAUGGUCCGGCUCAAUGUUUAGGUCUCAAAUGUAAAAUCAGCAUUAUGCUGAUGAACAUUGUAUGCAAGCAUUAUGCUCCGCACAUUGUAUGCAAUUAACACAUUUCCACCAAAGAGGUCUUCAAAUGCCCAAAACUUACACAGUAGUGUUAAGGUCAAGUCUUUUGAUAAAUUAAUCCAUUUUUGUAUCAGAGAUCAAAAGGCAGCUUCUACCCAGAGCUAGUUAAGAGCUGGGUUGCAAAUUUUAACUGCCAUUGCAGUAACAAGUAGUUAUGUAUCAUACCACAAUUUAUUAAUUUUCGUUUGUUUUUUUAAUGAAACCUCUUCUUUCAUCUGAGCCUUUAUCUGUGCUCUUCUUUGCUAUAAGCUAUAAAGCACUUUGUAUUUUGAAAACAAAUUUAUUCUGGAUGAGAAUUCACAUUACUUUUGUGCCAAUGUGCAGAAAUGUUCAUUUGUUUUGAUACUACUAAAAUGUAAAAAAAAAAUGUUUUAUUUCAAUAUCUAUAAUGCUGAUAAAUAGUAUAUUUACAUAGAAUGUGUCUAUACAAUUUAAGAAUUUUAUAUUGUCUUCUUUUUUUUGUACAUGAAACUGCAGUUUAGUGCAUUAUAAGCUUUUCACACACUUCAUCUGUUAAUGAAUGUUACAGUAGGUGUAGAUUUUCUUUUAAUUGUUGUAAUCAUUUCUUGGUAACGUUUUUUGUG